CAUGGGUUUGUUAUGAUGUGGACUUUGACAGUAGUUCGCUUCGUUAUCAUUCAGGGACUAUUAAGCUACACUUUAACAUCCUUUCCAGGUUUAGGUUUGGUUUAAAACGUUGCUAAUCUUUGAAAGCGUAAGACAAAGGUCUUUUGCUGUGCUUCAAGCGGGAUUUAUUAGUUAGCUGAAGUUUAAAAUUUAAAGGUUUUCCACGAACCACAGCAGUCAGAAUGGAUCCCAGUCCAUUCAUUUUAGAUGGAGGUUUAGCAACAGAGCUUGAAGCAAGUGGAUUUCAAUUACAGGGUGAUCCACUAUGGAGUGCAAGAAUUUUGCAUACAAAUCCACAGGCAGUUAAGGACGUACAUUACAGAUAUCUUCAAAGCGGUUCUGAUGUUAUAACAACAGCCACAUAUCAGGCCAGCGUCGAGGGAUUUGUGAAAUAUCUCGAUCUGCGGCCUGAGGAAGCUCAGCGGACGAUAAUGUCAGGGGUUCAACUGGCAAAAGAGACGGUCCGCGAGUUCAUGUCUCACUCACCCGUAUCAGACAGAAGAGAGCCGGUGGUUGCAGGUUCAUUGGGUCCAUAUGGGGCGUUUUUACAUGACGGGUCAGAGUACACAGGAGCCUAUGAGGACGAGAUGACAGUGGAGGAGUUGAAAAACUGGCAUCGUCCACAGAUCCAGUGCUUAGUAAAAGCAGGCGCUGAUCUUGUUGCCAUGGAGACCAUUCCAGGUCUCAAAGAGGCUGAGGCUUUGGUGGAAGUACUCAAAGAAUUUCCAGAAGCUAAAGCCUGGCUUUCCUUUUCUUGUAAGGACAUUCAUAGUAUUGCAAGCGGCAGGAGAUUUUCUGAGGCGGUUCAGGUGGCUUGUAGGUCCUCACAACUGGUGGCCAUAGGGGUGAACUGUUGUCCCGCUUCUUUAGUGAAACCACUUCUAGAGUCAGCCAAGUCACACAAGAAAGCAGAUUUGAGCUGGGUGGUCUAUCCUAACAGUGGAGAAGAAUGGGACUCCAAAACAGGGUGGAAAGCUAAAAAACAGACGUCAUUUGCCAAACUAAGUCUCGACUGGAAAGAACAAGGGGCUUUGUGGAUUGGUUGGUAUUAUUUGUACCAGCAAAUAAGCUUGGCUGUAAACUUAUACUAUGACUUGUUCUUUCCAGUUGCGCUGACUCAGAGAGCUGAUUUCUGUCAACAGGUGGCUGCUGCCGUGUUGGUCCAGCUGAUAUAACUGAGCUGAAACAACAUCUACAUGUAUAGCCGUGACUCACUAAACGCCAUGACAUCAUUUGGUUUAUUCUGAAAUAAUGCAGUGAUGUGUAAGAAGGUGUAUAAAUAUUUUAUUUAUAAAUAAAAAUAAUACCAACACACUAAAUUCACAUGAGUAUGAGCUUUGUGGUGACUAAAACAUUAUACAUAAUAUGCGGCUGUGUUAAAAGAAAAACCAAUCACAAUUCACAUGACAUGAAAGCGAUCAUGCAAUCUUAGCUCACAGCGUUUCACAAAGGCCGGAAUUGUAAUCCUUCAAGUUGCUAUUUACAAUAAGAUGGCACCAUCUUAUUGGACUAUGUCACAAUCAGAUCCAUUGAAAUAUCAAAUGGUCACAUUAUUAAACAGUCUGAUGUCUUUA